CUACGCUUGCGUACAAUUCAACUAUUAUUAUUAAUUUUAUUACUGAAUCAAAGGCAUGGGCGUAUUUCUUUCAAACAAAAUGCUGCCGUAAAUGCGCACGCAAAAGUUGUUUAGUCGAAUACUACCCUUAUUUAGAUUCUUGCAAAACUUAAAAUGCAGUCAACCGGCAACAUUAGCUUCCAGAUGUUUUGAUCUGCACAAUAAAUGACUCAAAUUGCGAUUUCCAAUUGUUUAUAUUGGUAGAGUGACCUUAUAUUAAAUAUUUUAAGCUAAAAGAUAUGAUUUGGUGACACCGAAACAAUUGGGGAAUUAUUUGAACAAACGUAUGCGCGGAAGAAUGUUAUUGGAAGAUAAGAUAAAAAGCCUAUCAAUAGUGGUGUUGUUCGUCGUGCUUUAUUCGUUUCCAAAAUUUGGCCCAGUUCAUGUGCAUAUUUUUAUAUGAUAAAUGCAAAAGUGCCUAAAGGUGUGGCAUAUUCUGUGUAUAUAGAUAUAUUGUGUAUUGAGAUUGUCCAACUUGCAUCAGGUGUAUGUUCUUUCUAAACUUUCGUUGCAUGCCUAUAAGUCAAUUUUAAAUAAAAUUCAGCAAUAGAGGGAAAACUGCGUACAAAAAUGGCUCCGACGUACGACAAAGAGAUGUACAACAUGUCUGUUAGUGUUAACAAAGCACUAAAUCCAAUGGAGGCCCCGCUAAAAAUGAAACAUGCACGAUUUAUUAUAAUAACCACUCAUCGCGUUAAGGAAGCGAAGUCUCUUUGGAUGAUUUUCACACGUCAGCCUUUGAUGGAGAAUCGAUUUACUGCGUGGAAAUUUUGUCAUCUUCUUCAUAAGGUGCUAAGGGAGGGACAUACAAGCGCCAUCAAAGAUUCGCAGACUCAUAAGAAAAUGAUCUUAGAAAUGGGUAAAUUAUGGGGACAUUUACAAGACGGUGUAGGCAAUUGCAUACAAGCUUAUAGUAAGCUUGUUGUAACAAAACUGGAAUUCCAUGAGAAAAAUGUAUUGUUUCCCGGUUCACUAUUGAUAGACUUCAAAGAAAUUGAAAAAGCUGCCGACGAUGACAUCAACAUUUAUUUUCAGCUUUGUGUCGAAAUUUUCGACUAUUUAGAUGACAUUCUAGACGUGCAAUCGCGAGUGUUUGCAUCCAUUAAUGCAUAUCGCAUGUCUUCCAUGACACCGCAGGGUCAAUGCCGGCUAGCACCUUUAAUUACACUCAUACAAGACUCAAAUCCCUUAUACGAUUUGUGUGUACGUGUUAUGUUCAAGCUGCAUGAUAAGCUGCCAAAUGAUAUUCUAACUGGGCAUCGUGAUCGUUUUCGUGAACUGUUUUUCAAAAUCAAAGUAUUCUAUGACAAUGUACGGCCUCUUCAGUAUUUCUCAGAUUUGAUACAGGUUCCACAUCUACCAGAAUCAGCACCGAAUUUCACAUCGAAAGUAGAUUUUGGUAGCUAUGUGCCACCUGUAAUGUAUGUGCAACCCGAUCCGGAACCACCUAUGGAAAAUUUAGUCGAUACAAGCAUCACACAAGAGUCAGCGGCUAGUACUCCAACCGCUGCUGGACCUGACCUGGUCGAUAAUGCCGCUUUACAAAAUACUAUUCGAGAUUAUGAAUAUGCAUUGCAAGAUGUUCAGACUGAGUUGGUUUCAUGUAAACAGAAUUAUGAAAUGAUGGAAAAGAAUUUCGAACGCGAAUUAAAACGUUUGCGUAAUGAUAUUGCCGGAUUGACUAGCGAAUUGGCACAUUCAAAGGAACUUUGUGCAAAUAUGCAGGCUAUGAAAGAAGCUUUGGAACAAAAAUUGGUAGAGACGCCAAUUCUAGUGCAAAAGGCAACCGAAGAGGAACAAAAGGCUAAGACAUCAGAGGAAAAGUUUAACAAACUAAAAGCUAUGUACACGCAAAUAAGAGAUGAGCACAUAAAUUUAUUGAGGCAGCAUGGUGAAUCUACUAAAAAUUUAAAUCGUGAAAAACAAACGAAUGCUGAAUUAAAAAUCGAAGUGGAGACCCUCACAUCAAAAAUUGACGAAAUCAAAGGCGAACUUGAAAAUAAUGAAGUAAUCGGCGCUGAAAAGCUUGCUUUAGCAACGCAAAUCGAAACAAUAUCACGUGAUUAUCAGAAGCUACAACAUGAGCAUGAAGAGUUGAGAAAAGAAUACCAAAGUUUUACCACUAAUAAGAAUAGUGAAAUUUCUGAAUUAACUGCCAAAGCAGUGAAGCUGCAAACAGAAACGGCUGCUUUAAUUGAAAGUGAAUCGAAAGUAGCACAGCUUGAAGCGCAGCUUAACACCGUAAAUGGAGAACUCGCGAAAAAGCAAGUGGAACACGCUGUAAUAUUAGAUGAAUUCAAAAGAAGUUUGGAUCUGAGGGAUGAAAACUUAAAUGAGUUGCGAAAAAUGCAUGCAAAAGAGAUUUUAGAGAAAGUGGAAAAUAUUAAGGAGUUGGAGACUAAUUUGUAUGCUUUAGAACUUAAUUUGAAGGAAACUAAUGUGCUCGUGGCCGAUUUGGAAACCUUACAACGCACUAAUACUGAACAGCUACAUGAAUUACUUGAGCAGAAGAACCAUUUACAGGAAAAAUUUAACGAAAGCAACACAGCCUACCAAUCAGAAGUGGAGGCCAAACGCAAAAGCGUAGAAAAAUAUGAAAACAGAAUUACUGCAUUAUUUAAAAAUGUUUUGAAGACAAUGGAAUUAGUGACAGAGGCAAAGGUAAACGAAACGAAUCAACCGAAUUUCGAUAAGACAAUAAAACUGGUGGGUGAUAUGGAAGAGUUAUUAGAGCAAGCGGAUAACGCUUAUGAACAGUUUAUCACAGAUAAACUACUCGUUGACGAUGUCACGCGAAAGACAAUACUUUUGGGCUGCGUUUUUGUAACGUUACAUGAACAGUGCCUGUUGAUAUACAAUACAACCACCGAUAUAGGAAAGGGCGAAGAAAUUUAUAAUCAAAUAAACAGCGCAAAGGAGCCGCUACUCACACUCUUUCAGCAAAUUAAAAAUAGCGAAGACAUUUCGAAAAUUCGAUAUUCCAUUGCGGAUAUCAAGCUAAAACUCAGCGCGCUAAAUGAAUCAGUAGCUCAGCUGAACAAGGCGAGCAGUAAGAAUAUCGAUUUAGGCGAUUUAGUGGAAAACGAAUUGGCCGAAAUGGAUAAAGCCAUCGAAGAGGCUGCGGAGAAAUUUGUAGAGCUGCUCUCCAACGCACGCUGCAAAGAUGACGGCAUAAAGUUGGAAGUGAACGAGAAAAUUCUCGAUGCUUGCACAUUCCUAAUGCAGUGUAUCAAACUAUUGAUAAGAAAAGCCAAGGCCUUGCAGGAGGAGAUUGUGUCGGCAGGGCGAGGAACCACCUCAAUUAAGGAGUUCUACAAACGCAACAGCCAAUGGACGGAGGGCCUGAUAUCUGCAGCAAAAAGUGUUGCCAAAGGUGCCAAUCUGCUUGUGGAAGCUGCCAACAAAGCUAUCGUAUCCGAAUCGGCGCAAAACUUUGAAAUAAUAGUCGCAGCGCAGGAAAUUGCCGCCUGUACAGCACAAUUGGUGAUUGCAAGUAAAGUGAAAGCGCCCAAGGAGAGCCAAAAGUUGGGUGAUUUAACGAAAGCAUCACGUGAUGUCUCACAAGCGACUGGUCAAGUGGUGGCCACCGUUAAGGAUUGUAACCAAUCACUAGAGCAGUUACAUGAAGUCGAUUUCACUAAGCUAAAUUCGUCGCAGGCAAAAACAAUGGAAAUGGAGAUACAUGUAAAAGUCUUAGAACUGGAGCAAGCACUACAAAUGCAACGUUUGAAAUUAGCGUCAUUCCGCCGAAAGCAUUACCAAAAUUCCGAUGAUUAAGUUUAUGCAUAUACUAUAUUUUUAUAUCCACCCUCCUUCGUUUUUCUUGACAAUUAGCUUAAGUUGUACAAAAUGUAUAGAAGAAACCAAAAAAAAAAAACCUAUUUGAUUAGCAACUAACACUUGCGAAAAA